AUGGCUUCUCCUGUAAAAUCGUUAAGCUUUAAAAAGGCAGCAGAUGGGUCAUUUUGCAUUCACAAGAAGGUUAAGCGUGGCAAUUACAAGAGCGUUGCUGACUUCUGGUUUGAGAUCGAGAGUUUUGUCCAGUUCCAGGGUGCACUUAACAAGCAUAGUGGAUACAUCUUUCAAGUCCACAAGACUUUGGGGGAGAACAAUGUGUCGAAGUAAGUUGAUAUUUUCUUUCUAUACUUAUGGAUUAUUUAUUUUUACCGAAACUUUGGGAAAUGUACAAUAUAUCUUUUGACUUGUGAAAUUUUGGAGCCGCGUGAUGAAUUUGGUAAUUUAAUUAGGUUUUUUUAAUACUAAAACGGGAAAUGACAUUCUACGAAGUUUAUUAUGGCCUAAAAUAAGCUAAUGAACUACAAUGGGCUAAAAUGAAAAAAAAAUGCAGCUCUGAGAGAAAGAAAGUAAAGAAAUUUUCAAGGCAAAGAACCUCUGCAUCUACAGUGCUAUGAUUAAAAAACAUACCAGAGUGCACUUUGCACCAAUCAAAACCUUGUUGCUGAGCAAAAAUGGAAACUCUUCAAACCAAUCAAAACUUUGUUGCUGAGCGACUUGAAAAUCUUCACUUUGCGCUCUGAACCAAUCAAAACAUUGUUGCUGGGCAAAAGGUAUAAAACUCUUCAAGGUUAAUUAUGGGCGCUUUCCAUUUAGUCAAAAUUUCCGGAAUUUCCGGUUCGGCGGUAAAUGGAACACGUUUCGUCGGUUCGUCCCACUGGAAAAUUCCCAGAAAAAGUGGAAAAUCUAAAAAGGUGGUCCCGUUUUCCCGGUUGGAAUUUUCGAACGGAAUGUCGUGUUCCAUUUACGUUUAACGUAGUUUGUACCAGUUCCAGGUCCACGGUCGGGCACCGCCACGUACCGGGGUUUACGACCAAAUGGAACAACUUUUUACCAAUCGGAAAUUCCACUUUUGCUACCACCGAAAUUUCCGGGUCUUUUUCCUAAAUGGAAAGCGCCCUAUAGCUUGGAGGCGCGGCGGGGAAGACUUAAGAGCUGCUAAGUUUUACUCAACCAAAAAUUCGUGUGUGAAGGCCUAAGUAAAAUCUCAAGUAACUUUACUUUGCGGUUGAAACGAUUCAAGAAAGUUUCAAGCGACUUGAAAACCAUCCUUGACUUGCGGCUACUUGCGGUUUCUUGAGCUUUGAGAAAGGCGAAACUUGUCAAUCAAUCUUAAUUAUGUUGCGUGGGAAGAUAGCUUUAAGUUAACUUGAAGGUAAAACUUGUCUUGAAAUAUUUCUAACUAAUCUAACUAUACCGGCCAUAUAGCCACAGCGCGAAAAAUAGGCUAACUUGGGUACUGAAAUGCGAAAAAUUAAAUUUUAGAAAAUCGUAGGGAAUUUAUUAGAUAUAUUACGAAAAUUGUACAUGAAAGGAACGGUCAUCUAGAAAUUUUUAGCCUUCCUCAAGCUAUAGAAAAUUCUAGGCAAUUUUUGCUUCUCCAAACAGAUAUCUUACAGAAAACAGUCCUAGCGUGCCCCUGAUUAAAAUUAUUUCUGCAUUUACGACCACGCGCGUAACAGUAAGUCUUCUGAUAGCUGUUAUCCUUUGGUCUGUCCUGCAAUCGACUAAAAGCGUGUAUACAAGGUAAUCGAUCACACAGAAAAUUGAUAGUUUCUUUUCGUAAUUCUUGUUCUCAAAACUGCUUGAUUUUUUUUUCGUUUUAGUUCAAAGCAGGUAUAUAGACUUAAUUGACACGAGGUCACUUUCAAGCAGGUGGAGGUCACGCAAGUGUGGCCUCCCGGGAAACUAUAUUUAAUUGUCAUAGUGUCCUUAAAAAAUACACUCUACCAUGGCCAUCCACUCUCGAAAAAUACACUCUUCAAACCCUUACAUUUUAAGUAGCCUUUUUCGUCUGACUGACUAGGACCCUGACUGUCAAGCAAACACAAGAAAUCCCUUUCAAACAAACACCUUCUCUAUCGCUGUAUCAGUUUGAAUAAAACAACUUGGAAACAAUUUCCAAGCACUUACAUGAUAAGUUUAAAUUUUCUCCCCCUGACAUAUAUCAGGAGCUCGGCGUUUGAGCAAUGAUAAUGCCCUGUAUAGGAUUUUGGAUGACAUUAGACAAUAGGCAAUACUAAUAAAGAUUUAAAAUGUCACGAUGUAACAUUUGUCAAACUUUUAUUUUCUAGAAAGUGCUUCAUAUCAUGUCUAGAUAUGGACUCGGCCAAAAAGUUCAAAAGUUCAUUGAACAAUGCAUUGGCUGAUUGUGGAGGUGUCUUCUGGGAAGAUGUAAAGGAUGUACAACUACAAGGUCUUUUAAAAACUAUGACAAGAAACUAUUUUUUACAAAAUGGAAAAGUACACAAGGCUGUCACGACUGUGGGUAGACAGCCCAUUGAAAUCUCCAUAAAGGACCAUCUGCCGGAACAGGACAUCUACGUAUUCAAUGAGUCGGUGCAGGUAUCGUCAAAACCUCUUAACCCUUUAAACUCUAAGAUGAAAAUUUGAAAUCUCAUUUGUUGCCCCUAUUCAUUUCCUAUAGAAGUAGUGAGGAGAAGUUGAUAAAAUAUCAAGCAAAUUCAUCUUGUGCAAUCAUGUUUGUAAUUCUCAUGACCACUCUGUUUUAUAAAGCACUGAUAUUACAAGGAGAAAUUUGAUGCUGAUCACUCUUAGGGCUUAAAGGGUUAAUAUUGAGAUGAUGUGAUACAAAAGGACACUUUACCGACUGUAAAAUGAUUUUUCUCCAGUUUAAGGUAGCUAUUUCACGUAAAAGUAUGUACGACCUUUCACUGUGGUGAAAGAAAUGUGGUUGGUCUCUGCCAGCCGUGCUCAUAAUAGCGGCUAAACCUAGACAGUAAUAGCUAAGGUCAGUUAAAAUGUGGGAUUAAAAGUUCAACUGCUCGGUAUAAUAUUCAGUUGACCAUUUCAUAACCAGCUUUGUUUUUGUGAAGUCUUCAUUAUCUAUAGUUGAUUAAAAUGACUUUUGGUCAAUGGAAUGACCUCUCUAAAAAUAUUUUGAGAGCACUGAGCACUUUUUGCACUGAACUGGGCUAUUAACAGAGAAUGGUGUUCUCCUUUCAGAUGAAUGGGAAAGGACAAUUAAUCCCAGAGGAGGAAACAUUGUAUGUCUGGAUGGACAGCUAUGGUGCUGGACCUAGUGAUAAUAACGAGUUUAAAGUUCAAAUUUCUCCAGUCCUAAAUACUUUUAGCUGGACGAAAUUUCUAGAUGUGGCCCUACCUGUGUUUAAUAUCAACUUUUAUCAAUCAGUUAUGAUGAUGGCUGGUGCCAUUGCGUGCUUCCAUUACCCUUACUCAAUUCUGAUUGCUGGUAAGUUGUGUAUGUUCAAGCUGAGCCAUAGCAAAAAAACCUUCACGACCACACACUGUACAUGCAGGAGUUUUUCAGCUUUCUGCAAACAAAAUUUCAAUGCACUUGAGAGAAAUGUUUCAAUGACUUUUGACACACAUUGCCAAUUACAAGUAACUGGGUUAUAUGUCACUUCAUAUUUGUAAAUAUUUUGUCAAUUUCUAGAUGCUUGUCCAGCUCCAAUGGCCAUAGGGGCACCAGGAUCAGGAAAGUCUACAACAAUUGAAGUAAUUUCCAAAAUGCUUGGUUGUAAGGUGGAAUCUCAAGCAACAGCUGAGGUUAUACAGUCUCUCCUUUGGAAGACUACAGUACCAUUGUGCUGGGAUGAUCCCGCAUAUCCAUCCACAGUGAAGGGUGUAUUAGCUGGUUCAUUCGAUUCAAAGGGCAAGCGCACAAAAGGCAGGGGGAAAGAGGUUCCAGUGACAAAUGUUGUGUUGGCAGUUAACUUUGAUUUAGAUGAGGACUUAAGGUAUAAUGUAUAUGUAAUGUUUACUUCAUAGUCAUAUAAAUUCAGAUUCUGAUCCUUAAAGAAUAAUGUCUCCUCCCAGUGAUGCCAUUGCAUGCAAGGGCCUGCUAUAGAACUAGUUCCUGAAAUGAAGCAGUGAUUAUAAUUUAAGGAAUCAGUUAACUAAAAUUGUUCUGUGUACAUAUUUCGGCAUCUCUGUCCAUGCUUGUAGUAAUAUUACAUUUAAGUUGAAGUUCUGGUAUAGUUUCCCGUACUUCUGUGAUAUUAAAUUUCACAUCUCACAUCUUUUAAUAUUGUUUUCUAUAGAUCCUUCGAACGGGUUGUUCCUGUAGUUUACCAGAAACCAGAACCGCCGGAAGACCCGGCGAAGUACAGGCAAUCCAAACAAGAUCUGGACGAGCUGUGCACGACUGAAUGCAUCCCAUGGGUGAUCCAGCUAGCCACUAAGCUGUGCAGCAACACUCAUUUGGUUGAUAAACAGAUAAAUUUUUUUCAACAUAAAGAUCCAGAGCUACCACCAAGACUUCAUAAACUUUAUGGUCUGUACAAGGCUAUUGUACACGAGGUGCGUUUUGCUCGUUGAUUCGUACGUACAUCUGUGGGACACGUUAAAUAACUUUAAAACGUCUUUCUAUAUAAACACCAAUUGUCCAUGCCUACAGCCACAAAAAAGGAAUAAGAGAUUGAGAUGAGACGCCAUUUCAUUAUACACUGCCGAAACAAUUCUGUACAAUUGCAGUACUGUUGGCGUAAAUCCUUACAGUGACAGCGACAUUAUCCCCCAAUUCUUUAUCUUGAUUAUCCCAUUCGCCCGUGGGAAAUUUGCCGAAGAAGGCCUUUUGAAGAUAGUCGAGCCGUUUUAUGGUCAUCUAGUCAAGAACAACCAAAACUGCCUAAAAUGCUGCUUCAUGUAACAUGUAGCCUUACGCACAUUCUCGUCCCCAGAGCCACUUGGCUUCAUUUGUAAAAGACCACGUGACCAAGAAACGACGGGCUCUGGGGAUGAGAAUGCCCUAGGCAUGUCAGCUACCGAAUCUCGUCAUGCGCAGAAUACGCUGUCUCCUCUAUCUUUUCUUCUGCUUGGCAUUUGAAACGUUAGGAUGGUAGGAUAAGAUAGAAUUGCAGUUGGGUAGUGCAUGAGACAAGAUUUUCAAAGGAAUUUUUCGGGUGAAUUUUAGGUGUUUUUCUACCCCACUAACAUGCAAAAAGCAUAAAAGCAUACCAAAUAUGAACGUUCCCUCAGAAAAAAGUAACAAACUUAGUCAUUUUUCAUCUUUUGUUUGUUCGUUCUCUGUCUUUCUUUUUUUUUUCUUUUCUUUUCUUUUCUUUUUCUUUCUUUCUUUCUUUCUUUUUUUUUUUUUGGGGGGGGGGGUCAUCAUCUCAAUUAAUUUGAGAUAGAAGGAGCUGCCCAAAGAUUUCUUAUGAAGAGGGGAAGCAUCACAUUCUACAGGCAGGAGCUACCCGCCGAAUCCCAUCAGCACCCCCCUCCCCCAUAAAAGGUCCCUAAAACAUGCGUUCUCAAAAUGUGGUCGUUCAAAACUGAUGACGUCACAACGGGUAAAAAAGACGUACAUCCGCACGGGUGGUUACGGGUUUGAUACGACAGAGAAACCCGAAAACUAGACAAGAUGUUAUACUUCAAAAAGUGCGUUGUGAGAUAUGUUAUCAAUAAACUAGACACCAUGAUGGAUUAAAAGUACACAAUAACUUGGCAGCAAAAUAGAACUAUGGAUCAGUGGGGAUCUGGUUCUGGCGUCAGAAUUUCUGUAGAAGUUGUAUUUUUUACAAGUUUAUGGUUUUCAAAAUCGUUGAUAAUUAGACUUUAAAUCUUGAGCCAAAAACUAGAAAAAUCCAUCCACGUUUGGACAGAAAACCACCUAACCUGCCUGUCAAAUACCAAAUAGGGCCAAAAAGACGGCAGAAGACCAAUUUUAGCAUUUUUGAUUAACACUUAGUAAUCAAUGUGUCUUUUGCUAUUGUUUUAGAUUAUAGAAAGCUAUGGUGCAGGUGAAGAUGAAAGUAAUAACAGUUCGAUUUCAGCGGAGGAGUUUGAAAAUUACCUGGACAACAUGUUUCUACCAUAUGUAAGGAACAUAGUCCAAACGGGUGGUAGUUGUGACGUGGCUGCCCAGGAUUCAAGCUUUCAAGACUUCUGUGAAUGUCUCCACAAAACAUUACAAGUCACGAAGAAUAUUGAGGUAUUCCCAAACGUUAAAGUAAAUACAUAGCCAGAGUACUCUCUUUCAGUGUUUAUUUUGCCAAAAUAAUAUAUAAUUGGACCCAAAUCAUACUGUCUGAAACUACUCAUGUAAAGCAGUAACAUAUAUACCUGUAAUAGUUUGGGAUGUGAAAAUGUAUAUCAAGUUAAAGUUCGAAUACUACAUUAUAACUACAUUAUUUCGGUGUUAAAAUAGUUUUCCCCCACAAGCUUAUCUUAAGCUUGAUCAAAGACCGGACCCGGGAGACGGCGGAAAUGCAGCCUAGUUUUGAAUGGCAUUGUAGUUGUUGUUGUUGUUGUUUUUUUACAGGAACUGAGGAAAUUCGUAAAACAUGACGUCAAGUCUCGUGACGGACAGUGUCUACACAUCAUAUUACCAGAGGUGUUAACGUUUAUCAAACAGCGUUUGGGGCCAAAAGGAACAUUUAACCUCACAAAGUUGAGACGACAAAUCAGUGAAAUGCCUGGCACUUCGGUGGAUCAUUCUGGUAGUUUUGGUGGCACGCAAAGACGGUGUGUAAAGAUCCCAAGGGUUCUGGUGCCAGACAACACCCUCGAGCUUGUUGAUGAAGGUAUAUAGCAAUGCUGCAAUAAGAAAAAUUUAUCAAAACCAAUUUAGUAUUUACAAAAUUGUUGUUAAAAGGAUAAGUUAAGAUAGGCCUGAUUUUCUUUCUUCAUAUUAAUUUUAUAAAGCAUUUCUUGCCGAUAAAGAAGAAAAGCCUGAGGACAGCGCUGCAAGGGAAGAACAUGACGGACAGGAAUUAGAACGUCUUGGAAAGAAAUUAGAUGCUGUUCAGCAACAUAGUACAAAGCUAAUGGAAGAAAAGAAAGUGUUAGAAGAAACCCUUCAUAGAGAAAAGCUAAAAUGCGCCGCUACUGAACAAGCGAUGAAGGAUUUGGAGCAAAAAUUCGCUGACAAAGAAAGAAAUUGGAAGGUUGUAGAAGAAGAGCUACGAGGGACCAUCUCUGAGCUGCAGCAGCAGCUAAGGAAGCAAAAUGUGAAGAGAAAGCUGUUAAAACUCCCGCAGCCGAAGCAUUUUCGCGGAUGUUGUCUACCUCAGAAGGUAAAUCGGAAUUAUUAUGUAUUACCCGGUUGAAACUUGCAUUGACAAGCGCCCUCUAUUUCAGCCAGAAAGAUGGAACAUGUCAAUUCACAUUUUCGUUCAUAACAGCACGAUGCAUAA